AUGAAUAUAGCUCACUAUUUCACCAGUCCUCCUCCCAACUACUACGCUCUCAUGGCCACUACCAAUCUCCCCACCAGAGCCAACACAGUCCGCACCGACUCCGGUGAAGAAGCGUUCGAUGGAGAUCCAUCAAGCGCCGCAGGUCUGCUGAUUGAGCGUCUACAAGCAUGGAAGCACAUGUGUGGUUAUCUCGAGAAUUACAUCUCGCAUGUCGCAAAAGAUGAGCAGUCCAAGGCAAAAGAUCAGGAGAAAAUCCUCAAAACACUGUCCGACCCACUCAAAGAAGCGCAUCACUUUGACACUGCCAUUGGCGGAAUUUCUUCGCUUUUCGAUAACCUACGAGCAAACACUCAGGCACAGAGUCAACUGCACGUUGAAACUUCCAAAAACCUCACGGGACAGGUCCUACCUAUUCUCGAGAGACUACACGCCGAGAUCAAGAACAAGAAUAAGGAAAUCACUAACGGCGCGGGCAAGGGGUCCAAGGUGGUGGAUGCAGCUCGUCAGAACUCACAAAAAGCCAUCGAACUCCUUGGCCAUCAUGCCGCCAGUUUUGAUUCCUCAGGCGGCAAAGUCACUGCACAACAUGACCCAUAUGUCAUUCGUCGAGGCAUCUUGUACCGCCUCAACCGACAGAUUCUGGAAGAGAACAGCAACCGACAGGAUCUGAUCGCUGUACAAAACGCCUUCAGUCAAUUCGAGGCCCAUGUUAUAACCACUGUGCAGACCGCACUGAAUGCCUUCAAUCAGUUCAUGAGUACCCAGACCGAUCGUCAGAAGGCAAUGUAUGGAGAUAUUGCUGCAACCGCCAGUAAUAUUCCCCUAAAUUUUGAAUGGGACGGCUUCAUCAGAAGAAACAACGCAGUUUUGGUCAAUCCCAACGCUGCCCCCAGAACGAUGGACGGCGUGUCCUUCCCCAAUGAUUCUCACCGUGCUACGAAGCCACUCAUUGAGGGAUCUCUGGAACGGAAAUCACGCGGAAUGGGAGCACUGAAGGGUUAUAGUACUGGAUACUAUGUGGUGACCCCAGCUGGCUACCUUCACGAAUAUAAGGACAAUGACAACUUCCACAAAGACCCGGCCCCGGAAAUUUCUCUGUACCUUCCUGAUUCCAUCAUCGGUGCCGUCGACGGUCCAAAGUUCACCAUCAAGGGCAAGGAUUCUUCUGGCAGUAAACUGGGACAGAAGAUGGCCAUUUCUUCCGAGUUUCAGUUCAAGGCGCAUACUCACGCCGACGCCGAACAAUGGCGUUCAAUCGUCGCCAGCUUUGCAAAUUCAUCCAACAGCUUGCCCACCAGUCCGGUUGAAUCUCGAAAUAUCACCCCGAUUGCCACUAGGAUGGAGGAGCCUCAACAGUCCGGUGUGACAAGUGGACCACUCAGCGCAACUUCGCCUCAAGCGGGGAGUGCACAUCCUAUAACAUCCCCAACUUCGGCCACCACCACCAGCCCUGCUUCGGCUGGUCCGUAUCAUGGUGCACCUGCAGCCACUCCACUCGGGGAUAGAAAGUAUGUUGAGAAGUCGUGA